AUGGCCGCCGACGCCGUCUCAGCGCAACAAGCGCAGCAAAUGCCCUUUAUCAAAAACCUCGCCUCAAGCGACCGCAAAGCACGCACCGAGUCCCUCGCAUCCCUCCAGUCCUUCCUCUCCUCCCGCCCCUCCCUCGCGCCCCUCGACGCCCGCAAGCUCUGGACGGGCCUCUACUACGCCCUCUGGAUGACGGACCGCCCGCGUCCUCAGCAGGCCCUCGCCGCGGACCUGGCCAACCUCGUGCACGGCCUGCGGGACCCUUGCGUCGAGACCUGGUGCGCCGCCUUCUGGAGCGUCCUCGGCACGCAGUGGCCGCACAUUGAGGCCCUCCGCCUGGACAAGUUCCUGCUGCUCGUGCGGCGCGUGUUCGCCGCCCACCUGAGGGUCGUCAGGGAGAGGGGGUACAAGGAGGGUGGCGAUGAUGAUGUGGUGGAGGGCGUGAAGAGGGUGUUUGCGGGGUGGUGCUUUGACAAGGAGGAUGAGCAGCGGGUUGCGCUGGGGCUGAGGCUGCAUGUGCUCGACGUGUGGGUCGAUGAGCUGGAGAGGGAGGGCGUGCUUGCUGAUGCUGCUGCGGAGGGGAAUGAGGGGGCGAGGCGGUUUGUGGAGUUUGUGGGGGAGUUGGUGGAGGGCUUGAAGAGGUGUCCUGUCAAGUCGGUGAGGCAGCGGGCGGCGGACAGCUAUGAUGACGAGAGGCUGCCUUGGGUGGAGAAGAAGGACGGUGGUGAGGAGGAGGGAGAGGAGCAGGAGGAGGAGGCGGGUGGGGUGGCGGUGUUGUGA